AUGCCCACCGCUGCCAAAGUGGCCGCCCGGCUGGCCCAGGGGGUCACGGCCAAGCGAGCGGCGGUGGCACUGCUGGUGGCGGCCUACGGGGCCAAGAAGCUGUACCCGGUGCUGCGGCGGCACUGGGCGGCCUCUGAGCUGGGGCCCGCCGGCGGGGAAGGUGGCGAACCUCUGGGCAAGUGGGGGGUGGCGGACGAGGCAGUGGCCUCGCCCCCCGGGGUGAACCGGGUCUUCUUCAUCCGCCUGCUGCGCCUCUUGCGCCUCCUGUUCCCCGGGCCGCUGUGCCGGGAGACGGGGCUGCUGGCCCUGCACUCGGCCGCCCUGGCCAGCCGCACCUUCCUGUCGGUCUACGUGGCCCAGCUGGACGGGCGCCUGGCCCGCUGCAUUGUCCGCAAGAGCCCCCAAGAGUUCACCUGGCAGCUGGUCCAGUGGCUGCUCAUCGCCCUGCCGGCCACCUUCGUCAACAGUGCCAUCCGCUACCUGGAAGGGCAGCUCAGCCUGGCAUUCCGGGGGCGCCUGGUGGACCACGCCUACCGCUUCUACUUUGAGGGCCAGACCUACUACCGGGUCAGCAACAUGGACGGGCGCCUGCGGAACCCUGACCAGUCCCUGACGGAAGACCUGGUGGCCUUCGCCAGCUCCGUGGCCCACCUUUACUCCAACCUCACCAAACCGGUGCUGGACCUCAUCGUCACCUCCUACACCCUGGUCAGCUCGGCCCACUCCAAGGGGGCCAACACGGCCUGGCCGUCCCUCAUCGCCGGCCUAGUGGCCUGCGUCACCGCCAAGGUCCUGCGCUCUUGCUCGCCCAAGUUUGGCCAACUGGUGGCUGAAGAGGCCCGGCGGAAAGGGGAGCUGCGCUACAUGCAUUCCAGGAUGGUGGCCAACUCCGAAGAGAUCGCCUUCUAUGGAGGGCACAAGGUGGAGCUAUCACUUCUUCAGAAGUGUUAUCGCGAGCUGGCCUCCCAGAUCAACGUGCUUCUCCUCGAGAGACUCUGGUAUGUCAUGUUGGAGCAGUUCCUCAUGAAGUAUGUCUGGAGUGCCGCCGGACUCGUCAUGGUGGCUGUGCCCAUCAUCACCGCCACCGGGUACUCUGAGUCGGAUACGGAAGAGGUGAAGCAGGCAGCGCAGGAGAUGGAAGAGCAGGAGUUGGUGAGCCUGAGGACUGAGGCCUUCACCACUGCCCGGAACCUGCUAAACGCAGCGGCCGAUGCGACCGAGAGAGUCAUCUCUUCCUACAAAGAGGUUACGGAGCUGGCGGGGUACACGGCCCGCGUCUACGAGAUGUUCCAGGUUUUUGAGGACGUCAAGCGCUGCAACUUCCGGCGUCCCGGGGAGCUGGAGGAGAAAGCACCUCGAGCCGGGGUGGUGAUGAAGCACGGCGUGCGAGUGGAGGGGCCGCUCCAGAUCAAAGGGCGGGUGGUCGACGUCGAACAAGGGAUCAUCUGCGAAAACAUCCCCAUCAUCACCCCAACGGGAGACGUGGUGGUCAGCAGCCUCAAUAUCCGGGUGGAGGAAGGCAUGCACUUACUGAUCACCGGCCCCAACGGCUGCGGGAAGAGCUCCCUGUUCCGGAUCCUGGGGGGGCUGUGGCCGACGUACGAAGGCGUCCUCUACAAGCCGCCCCCCCAUCGUAUGUUCUACAUCCCCCAGAGGCCAUACAUGUCGGUGGGGACCCUGCAGGACCAGGUCAUCUACCCCGACACCGCGGAAGACAUGGCCCGGAAAGGGAAGACGACGGCCGACCUGGAGCGGAUCCUGGAUAUCGUCCACCUCAAUUACCUCGUGCAGCGGGAAGGAGGCUGGGACUCCGUCAGCGAUUGGAAGGAUGUUCUGUCGGGCGGCGAGAAGCAGCGAAUGGGGAUGGCCCGGAUGUUCUACCAUAGGCCGAAGUACGCUCUCCUGGAUGAAUGCACCAGCGCCGUCAGCAUCGACGUGGAAGGCAAGAUCUUCCAGGCAGCAAAGGAUGCCGGGAUAGCGUUGCUCUCCAUCACCCACCGGCCUUCCUUAUGGAAGUACCACACACACAUCCUGCAGUUUGACGGGGAGGGCGGCUGGCAUUUCGAGAAGCUGGACCCCGUGGCCCGCCUCUCGCUGCGGGAGGAGAAGCAGCGCCUGGAGCAGCAGCUGGCCGGCGUCCCCCAAAUGCAGCAGCGGUUCAGCGAACUCUGUCAGAUCCUGGGCGAAGCUGCCGCCUCCGAAGCUGGACAGGUCUGAGACCGGGGUGUACCCUGAAGCAUCCCCUUCCCCAUUCCCAGCCCGGCUCGGCCACCUACUCAAGACGAGGAGUCUGGGCCCUUGUGUCGAUGAGCCGCACGGGAGGGGCAAGCUGCUAUCCCAGCCAAAGAACGACGAGCCAUAGUCCCCCUGCUGGGCUCUUCCUGAUUUCUGACCCCCAUUUCCCACGCACUUAGUAAGCUCCUUUGGUUACUUGCCUCAGGUCGGAGCUGGAAGGAACGAAGCGGUCGGCCCAUUGCCUCGAAACGUUUCCGGAGUCCGAGCGGAGGGUAACUCCCAUGCUAAAUAGUGCCUGAAGAUCCCGAGAAAGUAACCCCCAAGCUCUGCAGCUGGGGUACUUGUGUGAAUUGUCUUGCUUCACUGCCAGUCUCUGUCCGAUAUAUAGAGAUAAUAUAUACAUCCUCGGAUGUUUUUUGUAGCGGAGGGUCAAGCUUCCAGCAGCGGCCCUUUCCGCUCUGGAGGCUUCAGAUGGACCAAACAGCCUUUCUUUGCAAAAACCAACCGCACAACCUUUGAUAUGAAUCGAAGCCACAAACGUA